AUGGCUUUACUUCGAGAACGCAUCAGCAAUACCAGAAUUAAAUUAAAGCUAAUAGGGGAGGAAAUCGACAAUAUUGAAGAUUUACUCCAUAAGUGCAUCCAGCAAACUGACUUCAACAAAAUCAUUAAAUGGUGUGAUUCGUCAGCUAAACAAGCCUUUGAGAAUACACGGAAGAAGCAUAUUUCGAAAUUUAACCGACUAAAGAACAAAUUGCAGCCACGGAAAUCACCGAUCCUACCACGUUCACAGAUUAUAGAUAAGACAGUCAUUAACCUGAGCAGCCGAAAUAUCACAGAUAGAGAGAAACAAGUUCUUGCCCUUGGUUUGAAUUUUGCCACAACACUAACGCACAUACAGAAAGAAGACAUCAUCCAACACAUCGAACCAACUCUUACCGGUAUGGACAAACCAGCUGCUGAUAGCAUUCGACUUGAAAUCUCACGCAUCCUCAGCAAAGCCGAACCACCAAAGCCGAAUAUUACAAAGUUAGAAAGAUUGGCGCUUGAAAAUCUCCACUCAAACUCUUCCAUCCACAUUCUCAAAGCCGAUAAGUGGGAAUGCCACUGUUGUUAUGAACACUGCAGAUUACAAUCGUAA